UAUAGUACACUUAAAAACGAAAAAAAAAUCCCAAAAUCCCCAAAAAUAACACUCGUGAUCUAUUAAACAAAAAGGCAGACAAUUUAAAAGCAUACAGAAAAAGAAACUACGAUGUUGCAUGCCAUGCUACAAUUUUCAUUUCGUUUAAAUUCGAUUUUACUUUAAACGAUGGAUCGUCGUGCUUUAAAAGUUUAUUCAAGAAGAACAGCGGCUACAAGUGAAAAUACGACAACGACGACAACCAACUCAUAUCUGCCAACACAACCCUUAAAAGAUAAUUCUAAUAUAAGAAUUAUUAAAGUCAAUGCGGAACAAGCACACUUAAUUGAACAACAAAAACAACAACAACAACUUGUUUCCGGUACAACAACCAACCCCAAUAAUAACUGUAACAGUACCCCCUUGACAAAUACAACCUGUAAGAGCACCGGCUCUCCAACUUCGGCUACUAUUGUUAGUAUUAACGGUACUCAUAAGCCAAACAAUAACGGGAAUUGUAAUAAUAACGAACGUCCGCUUAAGUGCUUAGAGACAUUGGCACAAAAGGCUGGUAUCACAUUUGACGAAAAAUACGAUUUUGCUUCACCGCCACAUCCAGGUAGUGCAAGCGGUGGCAGUGUAACGUAUUCAAUCGCUACGACUGCAACACAGCCCAGUGUUUCAGCUACUGGUUUAACGGGCCACGCGAAAAGCUUCACACUGGAGAAAGCACAGAGUCCAGCGCAACAAGUGGCACCCGGAGCGGUGCCACUGCAAAUAUCUCCCGAACAACUACAGCAACUUCAGCAAUUGCAUCAAUUGCAACAUGGUUCCCCAUUUGCAGCAAUACAAGUAAAACAAGAAUUUCCGACUCACACUACCACGGCAACUUUAACCGGGCCUUCUGGAGCUGGUACCGAACUAAAACAUUCUUGUCUAUUGGAUGCAGCCACUGCCCAAGGUCAAUUGCAACAGAUGCAAAUGCAAUUAGCUGCCGCUGCUGCUGAUGCUGGUGGAGGAGGUACUCCUAACAGUCCAGCCACUCAACAAACGCCCAGCAGUGCUGCAGCGGCAGUAGCCGCUAUGCAACAACAUUCCACCACAAUUAGCACUAUGUCCCCAAUGCAGUUAGCCACAACUACCGGGCAGGUAGCUGCAGCUGGAGAUUGGGCACAAGGGCGCACGGUUCAAUUGAUGCAACCGUCCACCGGUUUUUUGUACCCUCACAUGCUGGUACCGGGUAAUCUAAUUCAAUCUGGUCUCGGCCAACAGCCUAUACAAGUUAUCACUGCGGGCAAACCUUUCCAGGGUGGUGCCCCACAAAUGAUUACAACAACACAGAACACCAAGCAAAUGGCUAUAGGCGGUAACACUGGAUUUCCUAGUGGUACCACUUAUGCCAUACCGUCUAGCCAGUCACCGCAAACACUACUUUUUUCUCCUGUUAAUGUGAUUUCUCAAUCGCCUCAACCACAAAAUAUAUUGCAAGCUAUGGCAGCUGCCUCUAAUGCUCAACAGCAACAACAACAGCAGCAGCAGCAAAAGGGAGCAAUCGAAUCUCAGAAAAACAUGCAGCCAAAAGUAAUGCAAAAGCUAACUACGACGACCACAAAUUCUGUACAGUCAGCGGCUACGGGAGGUGUUGGUCAGCAACAGCAACAACCAACAACUCAACAGUGCGUACAAGUCAAUACUCAGACUGGCAUGCCGACAGGAACAACUCAAAUAAUUAGUCCUCUGCAAGGAACAACGGGUGCACCGCAGCCGUUGCAAAUCAAUGCAGCGCCAUGGGUUCAAAGUGUACCAUUUUGGCCAAACGGUUUGCAACAGUUGCAAAAUCCUAUCAUUAUAAGGGGUACUCAACCUGAUGGUACUCAAGGCGUGUUUAUACAACAGCCAACGGGACAGACCCUGCAGGCGCAGCAACCAAAUCAAAUUACUCUCCAGUGUAAUGUGACACAGGCGGCCACUAAAGCACGAAAUCAAUUGGAACAGAUUACAAAACAACAGCAACAGUCUGCAGGCACAGCGCAGCAAGUUGUUCAACAGCAACAACCUACCACGACUCAAUUACAACAAGUGCAACAGCAUCCGCAUCAGCAAGUGGCUGCGGCGACGGCAGCUGUAGCCGCCCAGCAACAACAACAGCAACAACAAGCAGUCGUUGCUGCGCAUUUGCAAGCAGCUGCUGUCCUUUCGCAGAGAACACCGGCAGCUCAGAUGGCAAUGGCACAAAAUGGCAAUACUCAGAUACGUCCCGCAUCUUCAGUGUCCACACAAACUGCACAAAAUCAAAGUUUACUCAAGCAAAAAAUGCGCACGAAACAGCAGAAUGUCCGUCCAGCAUUACCUACAAUUAAAACAGACGCGACGAGCUUGCAGCAGCAACAAGUAGGAAAAGCGCAGGCAGCUGCAGUGACAGGGUUGCAACAGCAAAUAUCCGCGGCAAUGGCUGCACAGCAGCAGCAACAAUCACAUACACAACCAACGAUGCAUCAAGUUGUCACAUCAGCGGGCAAUAAAAUGGUGGUCAUGAGUGCUGGCACCCCAAUCACCAUACAGAAUGGACAAUUGCAACAAGCCGUAGAUAAACAACAGCAACAACAACAACAGCAGUUACAAUUACAGCAACUGCAAAAGCAACAGCAACAGCAGCAGGCUUUCCUACAGCAACAGUUUCUACAGCAGCAAAUAGCGCAAAUACAAGCUGCACAACAGCAGCAAUUACAGCAAGCCGCUCAGCAACAGCAACAGCAAUCGCAAACGACGCAAGUGACCCAAACUCAACCGCAAAUACAAUUACAAGUUGGUCCGCAAACUUUCAUUACAGCGCAACAACAGCAACAAUUACAAAAUCAAUUAUUGCAACAGCAACAACAGCAAUUGCAACAACAACGUGAACAACAACAACAGCAACAGAAUAUCAAUUAUCAGAUUGUUGUACAACAACAGGCUGCGGCACCCCAGCAGCAACAGCAACAGCAACAACAACAGCAACAGGCGCAACAACAUCAACAACCGCAACAGCAACUAACUCAGCAAAUUACGACUGUGCCAUUUUCAGUUUCCUCAUCCACACCGGCUUCCAUAGCUAGCUCGUUACAACAACAUGUCGCAUAUCAUACCAAGACCAGUAAUUCACUGCCUACCACAUCUAUGGUAACUCUUUCUCAGCAAAGUGGUCCUUUGGUCACAAGUACUGUACAUCAACAACAACUAAUAGCUUCAGCAUUGGCAGCAUCACAGCAACAGCAGCAGCAGCAGCAGCAGCAACAGCAACAACAACAACAACAACAACAACAGCAGCAGCAAUUACAUCAGCAGCAACAAAGUCAACAAUUAGCAACAGUAAAUCAACAACAAUCACAAACUUUAGCCACCUCUCAAGCAGUCAUGCCGCCCCCAUCAUCUCCGGCUCAAAAUCCUAUAUUGGCAAUGGCUUCAAUGAUGAAUGCGGCUGCCGGUGGGGGAUCAGCAACAUUAACAUCAACUUCUUCCGUAUCGUCGGUUGGUACCACUAUCACUACCACUACUGUUCCUACAAGUAUAGCGUCGUCGUCUAUGAGUCAUCAGAAUACUGCCUCUGCAUCUUUACCCAGCACUCCCAAUAAAGUUGCAGCGGAACAAGUCAAAGCCGUAUCUAGCGCACCUAAUACACCGACCAGCGCUGCUCUGACUGUGAGCUUGAGCGCUCCCAGUACACCUUCCAGCUGCAAUGAAUCCAAUCAGAAGGAAACACCGCCAAAGGUGAUUGGGACAGAAGCAAAUAGAAUUUCCUCGUCAGAAAUCACUUUGACCACCACCACAUUGGUGUCUUCAAUGGCAACGGGCACUCCGACCACAGCAAAUAAUAAUUCUCUACCAGAAAUACCCCAACAAAUUGUUACACCUAUAGAUACAACACCGGUGUCCGAAACGUCGAGUGAACAUCAGUUGACAACAAAAACGCAACAAAUACAGGCGUCGACAACAAGCCCGGUUACAGUUGCAGCUAAUACACCGGAAAAUUCAACAUCUCCCGCAAAGUCUAUCAAAGCUACCAGUGAAUCUGAUUCUUCAAUGACAUCAACUGCAAUUGUCGUCUCGACUACGCCAGAAGAUACCGGUUUAUUGGCAAGCGUAGGUACAACAAUUGCUACCAAUACUGCUCCCGUAAUUGCAACUAGUUCAGUAGCGUCAACUACGAGCAACAGUGCAUUCGUAAGUAACAAUAUAAGCACGACUACGAGCACCACAACUACGAAUACCAUUAAUAUGAAAUCGAUUAGCACCACGUCGGUACCGUCGAAAACGACAACAGGUGCCAAUGUAAUUAAAGCUGAAAAGGAUUUACCGAAGGCAAUGAUUAAACCGAACGUUUUAACGCAUGUCAUCGAUGGCUUUAUCAUUCAGGAGGCUAACGAACCAUUUCCUGUAACCCGACAACGUUACACAGAUAGGGAAACCAGCGAUGAACCGCCAAAGAAAAAAUUGGCAUUGGAUGACGGUACUAUUAACAAUAAUAACAACAAUAGCUUGUCUUCAGAUCUAUUAACAUCCGAUAUGGUAGCUUGUGAACAAUGUGGCAAACCCGAGCAUAAAGCCAAAUUAAAAAAGAAACGUUUCUGUUCGCCAUCGUGUGCUCGUCUAGCUAAAAACUCAGCUGGGGAACAAGGUUUAGGUCAGGUUGUUCAACAACAAUCAGUUGACAAUAGUCUAAAUAAUGCAAAUAUAACUGCCAUCGUUACAAGUGACAAUAUAAAUGGUAACAAUUUAGAUUUAAAUACCAAUAAUUUGGUAACGGCUAACAUUGGUGUAAAUGUGGAAAAAAUGCAAACUGAAUCGAGCAGUAAUAGCGCGUCGACCAUGGUAGCUCCCAAUUUUGCAAAUAACAAUUUAUCUGCCAACAAUUUACCCAUCACAAUGACUACGUCUGUUAGUGAAGUGGGUGCAGUUCCUCAAAUAUCCACAGCUCCUAUUGUAGAGAAUACGCCUCAAAUGGCUAAUUGGUCUGUAGCGGAUGUCUGUGAAUUUAUUAAAAAUUUACCCGGUUGCAGUGAUUAUGUCGAUGAUUUUGAGCAGCAAGAAAUUGAUGGCCAAGCUUUACUAUUACUUAAAGAGAAUCAUUUGGUUAAUGCCAUGGGCAUGAAAUUGGGUCCGGCUCUUAAAAUCGUUGCCAAAGUUGAAUCUAUGAAAGAAGUGACGACAGCAGCAUUAAAUGCCGCCAAUAAUUCUCCAAAUGAAAAUAAUCAACAAUAGAUGCUAGUAAAAUGCGCGCUGCUGUUGGGAGAUGAGAAACUGUGAAAAUGAAAUUAAAUAAUUUUGUUGAAAUUUUUUUUUUUUUUUUUUUUUUUUUUUUUGCUAUUUUGCUUAGAUAACAAUCGCGUCUAUCUUGCAUUUGAUAUAAUCGAGAAAUCUAUGAUGAUGGGUGAUGGUCGCUAUUAAAAAAGAUCUUCCCCCUUGUACAUAUAUACAUUGAAAUAAUGAAAGUGUAAAGAUAUGCUUCGUUUUUAUGUGUAUUAUAAAAACAAGAAAAAAUUAUAUUAGAAAUAUUGAAAAAAUUUCAUAACAACAACUUGUA